AUGCCGCCACCCACCUGCGACCGCGCCCAUACCCUCUCGCUACCGCUGCCAAUCCCCCGCUCGCGCUCGCACAAGAUGAGAGCUCUCGAUGCCCUGCACCCACGCUCACACAAGACAAGUGUGAGCUUGUAUCCUCUCGCUGCCGCCGCCCACCCCUUCCCGCACUCGUAUCCUCUUGCUGCCGCUGCUGAUCUCCACCUGCGCUCGCCAAGACGAGUGCAGGUGUGGCCUCUUUCAAUGCCGCCGCCCACCUUGCCUGCGCUCAUAUCCUCUCGCUGCUGCCGCCCACCCUAUCUAAAGAACCAUACUCAGUCUGACGACGCACUGGACUCGUCUCACAGCUCUUACCGCCCUCUACCACCUGCAACGUAUCAAGGACUCGCUGCCUAUCGAGUCAUCCGUUGGGACCCCUCCGAAGUCAUCUGUUGUAUCGGAGAAGACUUGUUCGUACCAGACGAACAUCGUCACGUGAUCAACCAGCAUCUCCUCAGGCUCUUCGAGGAGAAGAUCAAUACAGACCAACCCUUCUUGGAACAAGCCCAACGACGAGCAGUCGUAUUCAUUCGGUGGGCCGUCACUAUCAGCUUCAGCCCAGGGAACCCCUCUUAG